AUGAGCUGCACCGACCUUCUUCUUGUCAUUGUGGCGGUUUUCUUCCCCCCAAUUCCAGUUGCCAUUCGACGAGGUGUCUGUUCCGCAGAUUUCUUCAUCAAUGUGGCUUUGUGCUGCCUCGGUUUCCUGCCCGGCCUGAUUCAUGCCUUUUACAUCAUCUCGAAAUAUCCCGGUGACGAGCAUGGAUGUCGGCAUGGCGGCUACGCUCCUGUCAACGGCUCCGAGCAGACCUUCUACGGCUCUUCUGAUCUCGAACGAGCCGGUCCUUCCAGCAGCCACCAGCAGCAGCCCCAGCACCAAGCUCCUCCUUCCGGGGAGUACUACACUUCUCUGGACAACAAGAAGGACAACACCAACCGCCCUCCUCCUUACUCUGGGUAA